AUGGCAUAUUGGUGUAACGACAGAAAUAUAAAGAGGGCCAAAAUGUCGCGGAGAAAGAUAACCAGGAUCUCCGAACGCACUGUUAAUGCGGCGUAUUUUAUAUCAUUUUUUUUGACGAUGAAUUUUCUAGUUUUCGCCCAAAAUGAAGGUGGAGACAUGAUUGCUUCUGAUCUUUCUAAUGAUGAUUAUGAUAAUAGUGCAGUACCGAGCAAGCCAUUGAGGUUGACAGGUUAUGUCAUGAAUUCAUCGUCAAUUGAGCUCUCGUGGUCGGAGCCAGAACAUAAGAAUGGGAUACGUGGAUACUGUGUUUACUAUAUGCACUCCAAUUUCACCGAGCACCAAUUAUUGGAAAAAAAUAAUGAGACCAUCAAGUUCUUCUUGAACGAUUUGGAGCCGAUGACAGAGUACAAAAUCUGGGUGAAAGCAUUCACUGCGGAAAAUGAGGGUGAGCCAUCUGAUCACAUUAUGCAAAAGACUGAUGUUGCGGGUCCAAGUGCACCUGUAAUUCUCAACCUAACUUGCCAAGCCCAGGAUGCCAUAUAUAUUUACUGGUCACGACCCGACACUUUCUGGAAUUCCAUUGACUAUUACUAUAUCAUGUAUCGAAAUGACUUGACACACAAAUAUGACGAAAUUGAGAUUCCAACGUCUAAGGAGCAUCUCAAUAGUGGGAUCACUAUACCAAACCUCACAAUGAAUGUAAUGUAUGAACUGAUGGUUUGCGCUGGUACCAACAGUUCCAUCAAUUCACACCUGACAAUACGUGGCAACUGCAGUACACCUAGAUACCAACUGGUAGCACGUAACUGCGAUAAAUCACCUCCCCUAAUACGUCGUAGUGCAGACGAACUAAAUGCAGGUGUAAUAGCUGGAAUGAUUUGCGCAUGUUUCGCUGUUAUGUUUGCGAUCAUAGCACUGGUACUGUGGAGGCACAUUUUCAGAAAAUGUUUUCAAACAACGUACUGUUUUUUGGAUUAUCCACCGAGGAAUGGGCCAAUACUCCAGGAAUGGGAAAAUAGUAAACAGGACGGUGAAAGGACAACUGUUCCAGUUCAACACUUUGUACAACAUGUUGCUGCACUGCAUGCUGAUGGAGAUAUUGGAUUCAGUAAAGAAUUUGAGCCAUUCCCGAAAGAGACUGAGCUCUAUUUAGCGGAUAAUUCAAAGUCUGCGGAGAACCAGACGAAAAAUCGUUAUGGGAACAUUAUUGCCUACGACCACUCGCGUGUCCGAUUGUUACCCUGCAGCGGUAGCCCGCCCAACAAAGGUCAUGAUUACAUCAAUGCUAACUACAUAGAUGGAUGGCAAAAAUCUCAUGCUUACAUUGGGACUCAAGGACCCCUUCAAUGGACAAUCGAUAGUUUUUGGCGGAUGGUAUGGGAGCAGCGUGUAUCAACAAUCGUCAUGAUAACAAAUCUCGUUGAACGUGGACGAGCCAAGUGCGAUAUGUACUGGCCGAAGGAAGGAGUCGAAACUUAUGGAAAUAUUCAAGUAACACUUGUCAAAGAGGAUGUGAUGGCAACUUAUACAAUUCGCACGCUACACAUUCGCCAUUUGAAAGUUAAAAAGAAGAAGAAUGGUGCUAAUAUGGGCGAACGCACGGUUUAUCAGUAUCAUUACACUGACUGGCCUGAUCAUGGGGUGCCAGAUCAUCCGUUACCAGUAUUGAGUUUCAUUCGUAAAUCGUCAAGUGCUAAUCCACCGUCAGCUGGACCCAUUAUUGUUCAUUGCAGUGCUGGUGUUGGUCGCACUGGUGCCUACAUAGUAAUUGAUGCCAUGCUAAAACAGGCAAAGAGUAAAAGUGAAAUUAAUAUAUUCGGCUUUCUCAAGUACAUACGCACCCAACGUUACUCACUAGUACAGACUGAAGAACAAUACAUAUUCAUUCAUGAUGCCCUGCAGGAGGCAAUUGAAAGUGGUGAGACCAAUAUAAAAGCUGAAAAUUUACUUCAGUAUGUACAGGAUAUGCUAUCGCCAAUCAAUACAAAGUCUGAUCCGUGGAAUAGUUUGGAGACUCAGUAUAAACUUGUAACAUCCUGGAAGCCAAAAGAUUUCAAUUUAGUAUCAGCAACGAAACAGUGUAAUACGCAUAAAAAUCGUAAUUCUGAGAUUGUAUCGAUUGAAAGUUCACGAGUACAUUUAACUCCAAAAGCUGGAAUCGAUGGCAGUGAUUAUAUCAAUGCAUCGUGGUUCCCUGGAUUUAACAGAAAUCGUGAAUUCAUAAUAACACAGCAUCCACUACCAAACACGAUAAACGAGUUCUGGCAAAUGCUUUGGGAUCAUAAUUCCAAGACAAUUGUUAUGCUGACACAGUGUGAUGAGGAUUACCCGGAAUUUUGGCCGAAUGAGGGAGAGGAACUGAAGACAGAUAAUUUUCGUGUGCAUUUGUAUGGGCUUAAAAAAACUGCCAGUGGUGUUGUAUUGAGGGAAAUGGUGAUCAGCUCGCUUCAGGAAGACUACGAAAUGAGUGUGAAAAUUGUUCAAUGUCCCGUUAAUCAGAGUGGGCUGUGGCCGCAUAACGAUAAUCCGAAGGCUUUUAUCAGUUUGGUGCAAGAUUUUCAUGGAGAAUAUCAGAAUGGUCCCAUUGUGGUUGUGGAUAAAUUCGGGGGAAUUGAGGCUGCUCUGUUCAUUUUGCUGACUACACUAAUGAAGCAACUUGAUUUCGAAAAGACUGCUGAUAUUUAUAUGCACUCGAAAUUAUUGUACAUGAAGAGACCUGGAAUUUUACGAUCUAAGGAUGAUUACACGUUCAUCUACAGAUCCGUAGAGUCGUUAUUGACAUCGAAAGUCAAGGUAGAUCCUGAUGUAUAUAUAAUGACCAAUGGCCAUAUAAACUGCUCGAAUGGUUCGAACAGUCCUACCGCUGUUCAAGCGCCACAACAGAUACCAGCCCCUUACACAAUGAAGAAUAUAUCAAUCUGCGAAUACGCAGGUGGUGAUGUGCCAAUGGAAUACGCUACAGAUUACGCUAAUCCCACUCAUGCUAAUUUAAUCAGCGAUCUUGGAUGCCCAACGAUCGAUAGUUGUGCUGAAUUUAAUGAUCAUCACAUGAUAACUGAUGCCAAUAGUGUACCAUUGUCAAGCCAGAGUUACGUUACACUUUCAAAUAUCGACGGUAAUGGCUAUAUUACAAAUGGUAAUAUGAGAAUUCCCCCUGAGGGUAUGGAGGCAACUGCCAUUACACCGCAAUGAUGGAGACAUUCUGUGCAUAACACUGGGCAUGCAUUAUCGGAUACUAUUUCCAAAGGUCCUCUUCAUAUCCAUCGCCCAUUACUCCGGUUCAAUUAUUUUGGAUACCGUUGGCAUGGGUAUUAUACUACUAGGAAAGUUACUCAUAAAACACAUUCCAACACUGGAUAUUAUCAAACUCACUCUCAUCUUGGUGAUUGUAUUUAAAUAGAUCCAAUGCAAUCAGUAGAGUCGAUAGUUUUUCGUCGUUGGAUAUGAAAAACUCCAUUUCCUCAGUGCUGCGCGCCAAGAUCAUGGGGUUUUUCAAGUCCCACGAUAUUACAAAUAAUAUUCAUGCCUCGUCAUGGAGAUCAUUUCGCCGGGUUCUUCAGGGCUCGAAAAUAUAGGCCUGAAAUGUACUGUAUCUCGGCAGUGUCAAGAUACUAGACUAAAAGGCUUUUGCAAAUUACUUUGCAAAUAUCGAAAAAAGGAUGAGAUUUUAAGAAAUUCAUCAGAGGAUGCUUUUUAUUAAAAGUUUUAUGCUUUCUACGAAUUUUUUAAUUAAAUUUUUAUGAAUCUGUUGGUUUGAUAUUUAAGUGCAGUCUAACGCACAUAUUUUCUCCCCCAUCGUUCUUUCUGCAGCCCAAAGUUUCCGACAAAAAAAAAUACUAGCAUUUGAUAAAAUUUUAUGAAUUGCUGUACUGGUACAACAAAUCGAUUUAGUUUAGCCACAAUUUUCCGGAUAUUUGUUCUGCCUAUAACGCGGCAAUAUCAAGUAACCUGUUAGUGACACUCGACUGCGCCUAAAUGCAUUUCAAAAAGU